AUGCUAUGUGUAGUCCAGGUGACUGUGAAGGACGUUCGGAAUGUUGGUCAGCAGAACGAUCAAGGUAUCCAAGAAUUGUGUGAUUCCGUCGAACAUUUACUUCGAAACGCCAAAAACUCUGUGAUACGUGAUGAAGGUGUGUUGGACAAUGCGUUGCAGUCGUCGGUAAAAGACAAUGGCAGCGGCGGUUUGAUAGGUCAAUUGAGUGAUAAGUUGGCUACGUUCAUUGGAUAUAACAGUAGCGGUGAGUUGACCGGCUGUGGUAUUGGCAAUGACGCUGUAGUUUAUAAUAAAGCUCCUGCUGGUGAUACGUAUCAAUCCGCCUAUACUGUUAAUGGCAAAUGGGACAAAGAUGCGAAUAAUGGCGGAAAUAAUGGACUUUGCGCCCGCAUCUUCCUAGGCUGUGUACCCCUGAUCUUUAGCGGUCUAAGCUACUUCUACUGGCAAUGUAGCGGUGAUGAGAGUGGUGUCAUUGGUGGCCUUAGAUGGGUGUGUACUUCCGAAAAAGGUAAAUUGAAAUCUCAUCAUGACAUCAACGAUCCCAACUCUCCACUGGGAACAUAUAUGGUCUCCAUGGGUUAUGAUACGAAACAGCUGCAACAUCAGAGAAUUGACGAAUACGUUGGUAAAUUGUUCCGCAAUGAUAUCAAAAUCGUUGAACCUUUCAAAGGAGCAAUGGAUUUGUAUUCCGGCAACCCCUGUCCAUUCUAUUUCAAAAAGCUGCUGGAAGCUAGUUUCAAGGAAUUCGAAGAUGCGAACACUAAGGUCACCGGCGCUUAUUCACCUUUUAUAAAAGAAAUACUGAAUAACACUAAAAAUGGAGAUAGGUCUAGUCAAACUGCGAUAACCACACCCCUAUCUACACUUUACGUAGCAUCUCAGUAUCACUUUUCAUCAAUAUUCGCCAAUGGCGACUCUAUUCAGGUAAGGUGUAUCAAUAACUCUGAUGAUGUGCCAACGUUACUAGGUAAAAAGGGUACAACUAAGAUUGAAUUUGUUACCGGUAAGUCACCUGCAGAUGUUAUUGACUUAGAACUGUCCUCUAUCACUCAUCACCUGCUCACACCCUGUUUCAAUGCUGCUUUUGUUUUGUUAACGAUACAAGGUACACUCACAUUUGAGAAGGGUACUGAUACAAUAUCACUGUACAGUAUAUAUAGCAACACGGCCUUCGGUUUGCACUUCCCCAAUAGUGUCAAUCAGUGGUUCGGUGUGCUGUGGGAGGUAAUCUACCAUCUCCUUGUCCAAUUAUACUUUAUCUGGGAGCGCUGCAGGGUCUGUCUACUGGAGGGAUGUGGGUGGCGAUACUGUGGAUAUGGCUAUGGUAUAAACGUUGGCGAAAUGACAUAUUGGAUAUGUCAGAACGAUAAGCCGUCGGGGUCACUAGUCUUCAGUCACAAGGAUUGUUCUGAGGCUGGCUGCAGUGAGAAUCACACCGAGUGCGGUAAACAACGUAAGUGUUCUCCGCUACAAGCUGCUCUCUGCGACGAAGUCGAUCCAUUUCGCUGUAGGUUGUUCAAAGAACAUGAAGCAGGCGUCAAAGCCGCGUCUGUGUACAAAAGGAAAACAAUCGUUCCAUGUAGCCUACCAUACUCUUCCCACACAACUCACCGCAAAUUCAAUCAAUACUGUCCCGUACCAAUGGGUUUCAAAAAUUGGAUGACCAAAUUCGGUGAAUCACGUAGAGGGGAUGCACUUGAACGAAUUUUAAGGAGUUUCAUUGAUAAAACUCUUAAUGAAGCUAGUUUAUACAACCUUGUUCUUUGCCUAAGUUCUUUUAGUGCACGCACCCCUCGAACAGUCGGUAACAUGUUUGGGUUCUUCUCGUUCCUGGCUGAAUAA